AUGUCUUUAACCCCUGCACAAUACAAGCGCAAGCGUUCUCGGGUUGCUUGUGAGCCUUGUCGCGAGCGGAAACGGAAAUGCGACGGAGACAUUCCCUGUUCCACAUGCACCAGUUGGGGCUACGACUGUCACUACGCAUCCCAGAGACGGACGAAAUAUGCAACUCCAGGUGCUGUAGCUCAGUCUGGUAGCUCCCCGAUAGAGACGCCACAUAUCCCGACUACAUCACAUGCCAGUGACUUCACCGAGUCCCUGGAGGCGAACUCUGGCGCAGCGUUUGUGAGGAAGAUCGCGCUGAAAGUCGAUCCGGCCAAUGCUCCGAAAUUGAACCUAUUCAGUUGGAAUAUCGGUACUAGAAAACUCCCCUCCGGACUGGGGACUGUCUCUGUGGUACCUAUUGUCGAUCUCGUCUCUCUUGCUGAAAUGCAAUCGCUGGCAAAUGUUUAUUUCACCAAGGUGGAUCCAUGCUACGGCUUCAUAGAUUCGGCCGUAUUUUUCGCACGCCUGGAUGCCCGUUGGAGAUCUUCUUCGCCCAAUGAUGCUUAUGACAGUGUACUGGCUGGUGUGGCAGCCCUGGGCUUGUUGUUCUCCGAACGGAGUAUCAAAAUAACGGAGGUGUGCUUAAUAGAGCUGGCGCGCUCCAUUGUGGAUUCACAUCUCAGCCGCGAACCUCCCUCGCUGGACGUCGUAACAGCAUGGGCUCUUCGAGUGGUCUACUUGCGCAUGACGUCUCCGCCAUAUCCGGCGUGGAUAGCAAGUUCUACCUUGAUUCAUCUGAUCGAAGCGGCAAAGCUGCAUCAGGAUUCAUCAAACGAAACAGGAAGUAAUGCGCGAUGUGAUCCUGAUAUUCGGAAAAGACUCGUGGGGGUAUCGCGGCACUUAAAUCUUUGGAUAUCCUACGAUCUUGGUCUUUCUAGAGUUUCUUAUCCCAAUGACUCAUUGGUGCUCCCUUCCCCGAGACCCGGUGACUUCACGGUGGAAAUCCUCAGCCUUUUGGAUGUGUCUGCGAGCCUGAGCCCGGAGAAGGAAAACAACGACAAUGACCUCAGGGUGGCUCUAUUGCGUACACUUAAUGGAAACCACACGCAGCCACCGUCCAUUCUUGGCCAGUGCAAUCUUGUGCUUUGCCUUCUUCGCCGUCUACGCAUGACAAACAUCACUGCCUCGUCCGAAACGAUGAUGCAGAUCCUCAAUCUAUUUGGAAGAGCGCUGGAUUCUGCCCGGACCAUGCUUGCAACUUGUUGUCCCUGGCAUCAUGUAGCCAACGUCCCAUUCCAGAUGAUCACUGUCCUCCUCGAAAUGGAUACUAGUCCCGCAUUGGCAAUUCUCCCCAAUGCAUUACAGACCCUGAAACUUGUUGCGUCCACGUAUGACACAGACACGAUGCGAGACGCAUACAGUACAGCCCGUCUCCUGAUAACGCUUUACCAACGGCGCAGGACGGAGGACACUAAAUUGCUGAGCCAUCUCUUGAACGAUCACAAUCAGGAUCCCAUCUCGGCGCCACUUCAUCGACAGAUAGUCCCGAAUCCCGACGAGGUCUCUUGGCUGGAGGGUUUGGUUGCUGACGUUCCGACGCUGCAGGGAGUGGAUCUCUAUGAGUUUCUGCAAGCCGACAUGGCUCGACUAUCCCAGGAUUCGGAGAUUCUAAUCUCCCAUUCCUAUCCAUGGGUCUCGAGCCCAUUCAUUGUUGGGGCGCCGAUGCGGGUGAUGUCAGGCCCCUCACUGGCAGUCGCUGUCUCUCGCAGCCGUGGUCUCGGUUUCAUAGGCCCCGGAAUCAAAACGGAAAAUACUGCCCGUGACCUUGAGGAGGCGUCUCGAUUGGUGGAACAGCUUCGCUCUUCCUCUGUCUUCGCCGAGACCUCUCCUUUUAAUUCUAUGCUGCCUAUCGGUGUUGGUUUCCAACUCUGGAGUGAUGACAUGGACGUCGCUGUCGCUGCCAUCGCCAAAUUCAAACCUUGUGCAGCAUGGUUGUUUGCUCCUCGUGGAGGACAAAGCGAUUUUGAUACUUGGACACGGUACAUCCGCGACGCUUCCCCUGAAACCCAGAUCUGGAUCCAGAUCGGUACCGUGUCGGAGGUUAAACAGCUUCUGACUAGCACAGAACGACCUGAUGUGGUCGUAGUGCAGGGCGCCGAAGCGGGCGGUCACGGCCGAGCAGAUGACGGAAUGGGGCUUAUGACGCUGCUCCCCGAAGUUGCAGAUACACUGGCUGGGUCAGAUAUUCCCCUUUUUGCUGCGGGUGGCAUUGCAGAUGGCCGCGGAGCCGCAGCAGCGCUGUGCCUUGGGGCCUCGGGUGUUGUUAUGGGUACGCGAUUCCUUGCAGCCAAGGAGGCCCGUAUUAGCAAUGGAUAUCAGGGGGAGAUUGUGCGCGCCAGUGAGGGGGCCGUGGCAACGACCCGGACGACCCUGUAUAACCAGCUGCGAGGAACGCACGGGUGGCCGUCAGAGUAUAGCCCGCGGACUAUCAUCAACAGAUCGUUUGUUGAGCACAAAGCGGGAAAACCUUUCGACGAGUUGAAGGAGCUCCAUGACCAAGCUCUCAAGGCUGGCGACAGCGGCUGGGGUCCGGAUGGAAGACUCGCUACCUACGCCGGUGCCGCUGUUGGCCUGAUUCAUGAGGUAAAGGAUGCUGAGAGUAUUGUUUACGAGGUGCGGGACGAAGUUUUGAAGCUUCUUUUGUCCCCGGGUGAAGUACGGAACAACUUAUAG